CGGGCGCCGGGGCGGGCGCCGCGGGUAGCGGCAGAGAGGAGAGGCCGGUGUCAGCAGUGGCCGGUGGUAUCUGCGGCUGGCGGCCAUGGCGGAGGCCGGCGGCGACGAUGCCCGCUGUGUGCGGCUGAGCGCCGAGCGAGCUCAAGCACUGCUGGCCGACGUGGACACGCUGCUGUUCGACUGUGACGGCGUGUUGUGGCGUGGCGAAACCGCGGUCCCCGGCGCGCCUGAGGCCGUGAGGGCACUGCGGGCCCGCGGCAAGCGCCUGGGCUUCAUCACCAACAACAGCAGCAAGACGCGCGCCGCCUACGCCGAGAAGCUUCAGCGUCUGGGUUUCGGCGGCCCCACGGGGCCGGGGGCUGGCCCGGAGGUGUUCGGCACGGCCUACUGCGCUGCACUCUACCUGCGCCAGCGCCUGGCGGGCGCGACAGCCCCCAAGGCCUAUGUGUUGGGCAGCCCGGCCCUAGCCGCCGAGCUGCAGGCCGUGGGCGUCGCCAGCGUGGGCGUGGGGCCUGAGCCGCUGCGGGGCGAAGGCGCCGCUGACUGGCUGGCCUUGCCGCUCGACCCCGAGGUGCGUGCGGUGGUGGUGGGCUUCGACCCGCAUUUCAGCUACAUGAAGCUCACCCAGGCCGUGCGCUAUCUACAGCAGCCCGGCUGCCUGCUCGUGGGCACCAACAUGGAUAAUCGGCUCCCGCUGGAGAACGGCCGCUUCCUCGCGGGUACCGGCUGUUUGGUGCGCGCGGUGGAGAUGGCCGCCCAGCGCCAAGCCGACAUCAUCGGAAAGCCCAGCCGCUUCAUCUUCGACUGCGUGUCCCAGGAAUAUGGCAUCAACCCGGAGCGCACUGUCAUGGUCGGGGACCGCCUGGACACCGACAUCCUCCUGGGCGUCACCUGCGGCCUGAAAACCAUCCUCACCCUUACAGGAGUCUCCACACUAGGAGACGUGAAGAGUAAUCAGGAAAGUGACUGCAUGUCUAAGAAGAAAAUGGUUCCUGACUUCUAUGUUGACAGCAUAGCCGAUCUCUUGCCUGCCCUUCAAGGUUAAAGAUGUAGUGUCUUUAAUCUCCAGAAUAAAACGUAAUUGAAAAUGUUAGCCAAAUUAAUAGGUGGGGCUUAGGCAUUGGCUCAGCGAUGUGGUCGGAGAGUGUAAUUGGAGUUAAGUGGAGGCAGUAGUUGUUAGCCUUGUAAGUAAAUGUUUCGGGGACGAUGUUGUUUACAGAUGCUUAUAUUUUAAUUUAAGAUGCACUUUUUAAGCUUGGAGGGCAUCGUAGGGGUGGGUCCUGGUCUUUGGAUAUGUUGUCUAGGGCAGGAUUGGCACCUGUCCAGGAUUCAGGUAACCUCAGGCCUUGCAGGUCUAGAGGUGUGUGUCAUGUAUUUAAAAGUUUUGUUCAGGGAUCAAGCCCUCUUGGAGGGCAGAGAAAAGAAGGGCCUGAUUAUAGUGACUGUUGUGAGUCAUUUGUGCAGAUGGAAGGAGGUCCUCUGCCCCGCCCCCCGCCCCCCACCCAACUGUGUGGUAAUGCAGCAGAUCUGACUGCUGUUGCUGUGUCCCAGCUCCUUAUCUGCAGGGAGUAAGGAGGCCACUCCUAAAUGGUAUCAAUCUGUCCUUGAGUAUGGGGUGCUGUGCUUGUCAUCCCUCCUGUUUCCUUUGAAAACCACUUUGAUGUCACAAUUGUCUGUUCCGUUUCAGAUACCCAGGGCUGCAGCUUCUUGUGUACAGCUGCCCCAUUCUGUAAACUCAGCCCAGAGCCCAGCUAAACUUCAGCUGUCUCAAGUGUGCAUUUAAAUCCAGGUGACUCAGACAGGCAGGUGUGGACACCCUUCACUGAACUGUGCAGGGAUCUCAGUGUUAGUACUAAAAAAACCAUUUAACUUGUGAACAACUUUGUCAAGUGGUGGAACUGAAUCUUAAGUAUGUGGAUUAAUAGCUGUGCUCUGUCUCAUAGGAAAAAUCACACUGAAGAAAUCUCCAUGUCUUGUAGCCAGCAACAUGGCUAAAGGCAUGUGUUGGCCAAGGACUGCCUGUCACCCUUGGUGCCCUCUGGGUGGAGGAGGAAAGAGAUGUCUCAGAUAACAGGAAGUUGUUUUACAAAGUGUUCAGUCUCCCUGCCUGCCUGUACCCUGGAUCAGGGCUGGGGUUAGAUAUCAUUGGGGGUUAGGCGAGAGGCCACUUAUCCUGGCCUUGGGUUCACUAGAUGGUAGUAGGACUAGCAGGACCCACCUGCCAACUUGGGAGUCCUCUGCAGGGGUUCUGGCCUUUUCUGUCAAUUCCCUAGGGCCACUGAACUUUAGCAACUUGCUGAGCAGAUCUGGCAGCACUUGCAGGGCAGAGCCUGGGAGGCUGUUCCUUUUGGCUGACUCCUUCUCAGUGCCUCACCCUGUUUCCAGUGGCUUCUUCCAGCCCUGUGAUCACAGUGCUCCUUCACCUGUUCACUGAGUUCUCAGAGCAAUAAAGAGUACACCUGCAGCUGCUUCCAGCUAGGGUGGCUGAGAUUGGGAUGGUGCCACAUGGCAACAGGAGGGCAGCCAUGCCUGUGAGGUUGGUGGUGCUGACCUUGGCUCUGCGAGGUCGGCUCAAGGUGGGUCUGGAUAUUGAGCAGGCCUGUCAGGGCGUUGUCACCCACACCAGGUGCAGCGGCCAGCAAUGCUUCUUCAGCAGCUUGGGAGCCUGUGUGAACCCCAUCUCUGACCCCUUGCACUGUGUGACCUUACAUGCACAUUAAACUCUCAAACCUGCA